GGUAGUGACAAUGCCUAUAUGGAAAGGUCAGUCAUCAGCCUUAGGAGGAAUUUUUUGUCUACAGGAGACUGCACAGAUUUUCUUAGACAAACAGAUAUAAUUGGGAAGGAGAAGGAGAAGGAGAAGGAGAAGAACAAGAACAAGAACAAGAACAAGAACAAGAACAAGAACAAGAACAAGAACAAGAACAAGAACAAGAACAAGAACAAGAACAAGAACAAGGAGGAGGAAGGAAAAGAGGGAGGAGAGAGGAGGAGAAGGAUUGAUGCUUUCUCAUGUGAAUUGCAUUAAUCUUGCAGCUGAUUCAUAUAAAUGAGCUGGGUUUGAUGUUGCAAAAAACUCCAGUUUCUCACACUGUGCCACUCUGAAGCUGUUCCUGGGCUGUGCCAGUGAUGAGCAAGAUAUUUCAGUCUAUGAAUGAGGAGACGAAGUGAGUUGUGAAAAUACUGUUCUUUCUUCUUGUCUUAUCAGUAGAGACUGAGAGGAAAUCCAAAAAGAUCUCUGGCAAGCCACAUGCUCCAAUAGUGUCUUGAAUUUGAAUAUGAAUGGGAAGUGCAACUACCAGAGUAUUAUCAAAAUUAGUUCAAAAAGCCUGUGGAAUCUCAUCACUCUAAAAUCUAAAGGAUUUAUGAGGAAUCAAAAAAAAAUCCUUUUGGAGAAGAGAUCAAAGCAAUGGAUAUUUCUUUUCUUAGCACAUUGGUUUGAAGAAUAAUUCUUUCUAAGUUUUUCAGCAGAAACCUAAAUAACAUCCUAGUUCCUGAAAAAAAGCCAAAAUUGCAAGGAUGAGAAAGAUUCAAUCUCAUGCUUCACUCACUUUGGGACAAAGAAUUCAUCCUGGCUCUCUCAUCUCCCGGAAAAAAAAAAAAAUUCACAGAAAUUACUUUGGCCAAAAUUAAUUAAUUUUUAAGAUAAGUUUAGG